CCUUUGCUUUGGUUUUGUCCAAUCAAACUAAAGAGUUAUGUGCGAUGGCGAUGUGCGAUUCCUUUCUUUCGCUCAUGUUCUAAUAAAAUUUAGUAUCAAGUAAAAUAAACACUGUUUGUAAGACUUAUGUAUUAUAAAUACAACACUAAUCAUAAUAGAUCGGAUUCGGCGGAAUUUGAUUUGAGUACGUGUGAGCCGUAUAAAACGUGAGAGAAGGACAAGUAGAGGAUGUCGCGAUGUUUUGACUAUGGCCCCCGCUAAAAAUAUCAAUCGGCUUCUUCUGCCAUAGGUGGAGUACUCUGGACCACUGAUGGAGACCCACGUGUCUUCAACCACUGCAGAUGUUCCAGAUAUGCAGGAGGUAAUUGGUUCUCAUGGCAAUGUUGAAAUAGUGGUUGCAGUGGAGAAAGUAGAGGAAGACAUACAGCAGAAGGCAGAUUCAAACUCACAGGACAAUGUGCAGCCUAUAAUGGAAGAAAGUAGUCUUCCCUGCAGCCAAUCUUCAAAGACGGAUGGCUUACUUAAGUCACGUAAGCAAGAACCAUUACAACCGCCCACAAGCAUAGAAAUUAAUAAAACUGCUCCGUCUCUAAUUAAAUUACAGUCCACCAAGCAACCUACCAUACAAACAAAUGCAAAUGAAACUCAAACACCCCAAAGUAAACUGUCAGGCAAACAAGUUGGAGUUGUUGUGCAAAAUGCACCUGAUAAAGAACCACCAGCACUAGCAGAUGUUGACUCUACAUCUCUGAAAGAUAUCCCUGUGGAUAUAACAUUUGAAGAGAUUGAUAAUAAAAAUGAUGUAACCUUGAAUAUUACUGAUAGAGAUCCUUCUAUUGAAUCACAGUCAGAAAUGACUGGUGAUGCAGAAAAGGAACAUAAUAAAAGUAUUAGUAGAGAGUUGAAGUCACUUAUUAACUCUGCUAAAGAAUCCAAAAUUAUUAGUGAAUGCACGAAAUUGACUAGCAAAACAAGAAAAUCUACAAGAGCUGCUCUAGAUACAUCAAGCACAAAUAUAAAUAAUACUCCUGAGGCUGAUCGUAUUCAGGGAACCAGGCGUAGUAGCAGUAAUUCCCAAAAAAGUAAUUCAAGUGAGAAAUCAGAUAGGGUGGGAAAGAGAUCCAUGAGGUCACAAAACCCAGAAUUUGUUCACAAAGUCAGAAAAUUCCUUAAUUCAGUCACAGGAAAGUUUCAAAAAGAUGCUGAUUCUGAUGAAAGCACUGUAUCUGAUGAAGAGACAGCAGCUCCAAAAAUCAAAGAAAAUGCCGCUGAUUCCUCUCCCAGCAAUGCCAAGAACCGAAAUCCUAAUCAGGAACAGGCACAAUCUCAACCUAAAAUAGAUGAAAAAAGCAACAAGCUUCGUUCAGACCCAUAUUGCUGGAGAUGCCAUUGGUCCAUUGAUAUGAAUGAUGGGGACAAGGCGCCGCAGCCUCCGUUGAAGUGCACCGUUUGCCCCCGUGCCUUUCACUACAGAUGUCUUACUGGCUCAGAGAAAAAUAAGAUUAGCUCUGAAAAGAACUGGGUGUGCCCUGAAUGCAUGACUGUGUUACAUGCAGAAAGUUCCGAGACCAGAUCCCUUGCAAUGAGAAAGACUACAUUAGGAAUGCUGUGUGAGCUGCUGAAAUAUGCUUUGCAGCGCAUGAUGGAAGUCGCUGGGUCGGAACCGUUCCUGCAGAGCGUGGACCGCUCAGUGUUCCCCGACUACGACAAGUACGUGGUGCACCCCAUGGACCUGGCGCUGAUGCGCGAGCACAUCCACGAGGGGCUGUACGGCAGCACCGAAGCUUUCCUGGCCGACGCGCACUGGAUACUACACAACAGUAUUAUAUUCAACACAUUGCAGUCGAAGCUAACGACGACAGCGCGCGCGCUGGUGCGCUCGUGCCGCGCGGAGAUGGGCGAGAUCGAGGCGUGCCCCGAGUGCUACGCCGCGGCGCACGCGCGCCGACCCACCUGGUUCACCGACGUCUGCUCCACGCCGCACUUGCUGCUGUGGGCCAAACUCAAAGGGUUCCCGUACUGGCCAGCGAAGGCGAUGACGGUGAGCCACGCGGGCCUGGUGGACGUGCGGUUCUUCGGCGCGCACGACCGCGCCUGGGUGCCCGCGCGCGACUGCUACCUUUACUGCGAGCGCGACCCCAACAACUUCCGCACCAAGCGGCAGGACAUGGUCGAGGCCAUGCAGGAAGCGGAGCAGCACAUCCGCAACAUCUCGCGCAAGUACGGCAAGUUCGCAUACGCGCCCUACCGCACCACCUUCGAGGCCUCCAAGCUGGAGGAAGCGCUCAAGUACAUGAUACCGACAUUUGAUGGGCAAGUGCGGAGUCCGGUGCGGGAGAGGCGGUCGAAGACGCCGGCACGCACUCUCAAGAGCCGCUCCAACUCCAAGGGAUCGAAAGAUGACUCUAAUGCGGGGGAUGUGGUAAGCGAUAGCGAGCAAAUGGACACCGAACAUCCUAAAACAAAAGAAGUUGAGAAAAAUGAAGAAAAGGAAGGAAAUAAACCUGUUGGAAAACCCCAGGCGGCCACUCGCAAGCGGACUCGUUCCGAAACAAAGGGUCCCGCUGAGAGCAGCCCCAAAGAGAAGCGGCGGCUGGUCGACACCCCCGCCAAGGAGCCGGCGCCCAAGAAAACCGACUCGCCUGUGGUCAGCAGCAGCAAGGAAAUGGUCCACAAACAAAACGGGCCGGACGCUUCCGACGAGCCCGUCGAGGUCGACUGCGAGCCGGCCGCCGCCGCGCCCCCGCCGCCCGCUCCGCUCAAGACCGACGCGACGCCCAAGCCGAAUAAGAGUCCCAAAACAAACAAUGGCUCGAAUAAAACACCUGCUAAAACGGAUAUACCAAAAACUAGUGACAAAGAAACAAUCGAACAAGGAGAAAAAUCUGUUCCUCCAAAUCAGAGAAUUUCGAGGAGCAUCAAGCCGUUGAACAAUAUUGAGACCAUUGAACUGGACGAAAAUAACCCGACUACGACUACUUCCAACAAAACAUCCGCGCCGCCUAUAACAAAUACAGCUAAAACUAAUCCUAACAAAGUCUCCCCGAAGGAAUCUGUUACUGUAACUAAAGCCAAUGAAAAAGAAAAAACUACAGAAUCUGCUGUCCUUAUCAAAAUCAAUGACAAGGGUAACAAAGAUGCUUCGUUGACUAUUACGGUAAACGCUAAAGACAAACUUACCGAAGCUGCCACUUUAACUAAAAUAACUGACAUCGUGAAAAUGACUCAUAAUAAAAAUAAAAUAAAGGACAAGGAGACUGAAAACGCCACGCCCAACAAAGAUGGUGGGAAAGAAAAGGCGGCUACGGUUACACCUAAUAAAAAUGCUACAAAAGCAACGCCAAGUACCAAAAACUCAGGUACCGAAAAAACGAAUAAUGAUGGGCCAACAAUUCCCAAUACAACUACUGGUAAAAUAGUAAGCGAUUCCACUGCCAGUAAUAACAUUGGAAAAAAUAAUGUAAAAGACAGUACAGAUAAAACUGCGGAUAAACCUGCAGAUAAACCUGCAGAUAAACCUGCAGAUACCGGCACUGACAAUAAAAAGAUUGUUGUGGAUAAGGAAAAAAGUGCUCCAGCAAAGAACGCUUUUUCACCCAAACCGGGCUCUUCUAAAACGAUUAAAGCUAACAAAGCUCGAAUACAGUACGACGAUUAUACAAGCCUAGCCGUAAUGGCUCGCAAAGUGCCAAAAAAUAACAGUAACACCGACGUGUCCGCCGGGGCGGGGAGCGGCGCCAAGGGCGCGGCCGCCAGCCCGGCGGCCGACGCGCCGCCCGCCACUCGCUCUUCCAGCGCCAACAAGGCCACGCCAGUUACGGUGGAGGUCAACCCCGACUCUAGUAUUUUCACACCUACGAGCACAGAUAACGUGCGCAACAUGAAAGAGGCGGUAAAUAAACUACAGAAACUGAGAAGCGGAUUCGAUCCGCCCGCAAAUUCGCAAGUCGGUAAAGUCGGCGUACGAGCUUUCGCCAGAAUGACGUCUCCGCCCGAGAAACAGGCGAAACCUAACGAUGUUGUAGUGGAAAUUAAAUCGGAACCAAUGGAUUAUGAAGAUUGUGAUGCUCCGCAAGAAACUUCUACUGUACUAGAUUCUCUGCGGCCGCGACCGAUCGCCCCGGCAGUUUCGGCUCCGAAUCUGCGGGAAGUACGUAUUAGCAAAGUGAUGCCGGUACCGGCGGCAGCGAAGAAGUCGCCAAAGCCGCCGGACGUGAGGCCGCGCGCCAAAAAGACUUUCCCACAGCCGAAGAAAGCCGACGACGGAAGGUCAGAGUUGACCAACAAGAACUCGAUGGUGUACAUCCCCAUCCAACCGCCGAUCUCGCAGUCGCCCGUGCGCGCCGCGCUCAAGACAGUCAACUCCUCCACGGCCACGCCAGCGCGUACGCCUACGCUCUUCCCUACUGCCAGCGUGAAGAGCGUGACGCCGAUGGCGCCGCCGCUGCUGCCGAUGGCGCCUCCGCCGCCGCCGCCGGCCACCACGGCGACGGCGACCAGCGCCGUGGCCGGCGCCAUCCUGACGCCCGGCUUCCCCGCCGUGCCCACCACCGUGCACACGGUGCCACUCAUCACGUCGGUUAACGGGCAGUGGACCUUCAGCCUGCAGCCUGUCAUGUCGGUUGGCGCUGGCGAGACCAUCACGUCGGCGACGGUGAACGGCGUGAGCGAGCGCGCGAACCCGGCCGCGCCGCCGUCCGCCGCCCCCGCGCCCUCGGCGACGCAGCCGCCCGCGCUCGUGCCGACAGGCGCGACGGUCAACCCUUCCGUCCCUGAUGCGACAGGCUCGCCCUCGACUGAGCUACCGCCGCCUCCACAGCUGCAACAGCGGCCGGCGCUACAGCACCCGCUGGCCGCGGGCACCGAGAUCGGCGAGAUGACAGCGCCCUCCUCGGCCGGUCCGCUCACCGCCAAGCUCAACCAUAACUCUAUCAAGCUUGCGGAGUUCUUCCGCCACCUGCUGGAGGAUUCGCUGGUGCAAGUGGAGGACCCCACGACCGAGACGGUGGCGCUGCGCCUGCAGCUGGAACAGGAGCGCUGGCGCUACCAGCACGAGCUGGCCGAGCUGCGGCGCACAAACGAGGUGGCGCUAGUGGAGGUUCGAGCGGCGAUGGAUAAGGAGAAGACGCGCGCAGUGGCAGAGGCGCGUCGCCUCGCGCACCAGGAGCUCGAGGCCGCCGUCAAGAGUGCCAAGUCCAAGCAAUGGUGUGCCAACUGCAGCCAGGAGGCGCAGUUCUACUGCUGCUGGAACACCUCGUACUGCGACUACCCGUGCCAGCGCGCGCACUGGGGCCAGCACUAUGCGCACUGCACGCAGCAGCGGACGAAUGCCUCCUCCCCGCCCACGGUGACUGCCAAAGUGACCUCGGCGAUCACCCGAACGUUGAACUCUGAACAAUCAAUAAACAAAUCUCCUGUUGCCGUGAGCGCGGCGGAUGAAGGCAACGGGCACGCGGCAACGAAGAGCGCGGGCGCCUCGCCGCAGUCCGCGGCCCCGACGCACGCCGCGCCGCUGUUAGCCAACAAGCAGUUGAUGAAUAACGAUGAGAACACGGCGAAGCGAGUGGUGACGUCGGGCGGGUUCCUGAUCUUGGGCGCGGGCGCGGGCGCGGCGGCCGCGGCGGGAGACGCGCGCCGCGCGCCCCGCCGCGACUGAGGCACGCUCUCACUCACCGGCAUCUACCUCCUCGAACCCUGAACAUUGCCCACGAGUAGAUAAUGGUGCGACUCUCUCCAGUUGAAACGUUUUAUAUUGGCAUAUCUACGUUAAAAUAGAUAUUCAAUCUGUUUCUGUCGAUUCAAACUUGAAACUUCCCUAUUAUUUAAGAUAAACUGUACAGUGAUACUAACAUAUUGAUUUGGGAAAUUAGGUAUAGACUAAGCGAACUCGACUGACAUUGUGUAAAGAUUGAUUAGUGAAUUGUGAUGGCUUGACGGAGCCGCGGCGGGCGCCGCCGACGUUGGGAGCGGCCAACUCCUAAAGCGGCCCUUUGAAGGAAAAUUUGUAGUAAUUUGGUUUUUAUAUUAUUUCUGUAAAUUUGCGUAUUUUUAAAGAACGUAGUGAUAUCGUUCGGAUAGUACAUGAUUUAUUCUAGAAACACUACCUAAAUGACUAUAAAUGGUACCUAUGUUAGAAUCAUGUUGAAUCGAAAAGUUCAAAAUACACUAAAGUAUUUUCUAAAUAAUUUUGAAUUAUCAAUACGUGUAUCAUACACUGAAUUGUAAUUCUACUCUACUGUCAUAAGUUUGUAUAUAUAAAAUUACCUAAAUGUGUAAUGCUUCAUAGAGAGCAUAAGCACUGCCCGAGUAACAACUUAGAGCUGUCUGGCGACAUACCAAUUCAGUACCAUCAUAAUAGUUGUUGUUGGCGAUCAGUACGUUGGACGUGCCGUCCGGGCGACGGGCACGAGCGAACCGAUCAGAGUCGAUUCAAACGGCAACGUGGACUCAUACUUAGGCAUGAUGAUUUCUACCUGACCUAAGGCUCAUUUAGACGGGUCGAGAACCUGGCGGUAUGUCAUCGGUCGGCUGUAUUGGAUGUAACCUCAAUAGUCCGCAAUGUAACUAAAAUCGCAUGCGAGUUCGCGCGCCAUCUAAAGGAGCCCUUAGUUUACUACCUGGAACAUUAUAUAUGAUGAUAGUGUCUCGUAAUUAUGAAUACGAGUAAAUAGUCUGCAGCUAAACGCUCGUUACGCUAUUCAGUGUACUAUUAAAUAUUAUUAAGACUGCUAAUUUUUAAGUUAACUCGAAAUGCAUAGAAUGUUUGUUUUGUUGUUCAGCAAUUCUUACUUAUUGAUUGCUGUGGAUUUUAAUUUGAAAAUGUUGAUAGUCAAAAUACUUGGUCUCAUUGCUUCACGUUUCCAUAAAAAACAAAUAGUUCAGUGUUGUGUUCAUUUCUACUGUAGUUUUGACGAACGAUUAACUAUUAUAUUAUUUCGUGUAUUUUAAAUUUUUAUCAAAUCGAAAAAUGCUGUAUUACUUUUGUUUUUUAUUUGAAAGUAUCAUUAAUUCCUUACAUGUGACUUUUUAUUUGGUUUCAAUCAAUUUUAUCGAACGUAAUAUAUCAAGCACGUCUCUAUAACAGUUUACAGUAGAACAUAGAUGUGUCUUGUAAUAUUUCACCAGCCCAGUCAAAACAUCCUGUGCAAUAAGUGAUUAAAUUGAUCAAGUGUUUUUACAGGAAUCGCCUUGCUGUUUUAUUUUGUAAAUUAUUGGUGAAAGCCAGCAAGGAUUAGUAUAUGAGGUACUAGUGUCUUUUGGAUUCAAUAAAGUAACAGUCCGAUUAAUAA